AUGUGCUCACAGAUCCUGGUUUUCCUCAUGUCACCGGCGGACACGAGUCCAGCGGGGAAAGGUUAACCAACCAAAGAAGUUAUGAAUAUCAUCUGUGGUCUAAAGCUGUCAGGCAGGAACUGUAUUUUGUCUCAUUUGGCUUCUCUGUACAAGCAGGAGAAGUGCAAUAAUCUCUUUAGGUCUUACACAGGAUGGUGCCGAACUCAGGGUGACAGAAAUAGAUGCCAAAGGUUGGAUUUGAGUGGAAAUGCUAAAAAUUGUUUUUUGACUGGAAACCCUGACACUUAUAGAAACUUGUUUGGUAAAGGACUGAGAUGUCUUUUGGAUGUCCCACAUACAAGUGGACAGGAAGUGUACAGGAAUGCACACCAUAUUUCGGGAAAGUUUUUCUCCCAGUCUUCUCAGCCACUGGGGGAGAAGAUCUCAUCCCUCCACAUCAGUUCUGUAGGGCAAUCCCCACGUCACUUUCCUGCUUGGAACCUUCAGAUCAGCGGGUCUUUUCACACAUCACCUUUACUUCAGGCUGCACCAGUUCCUCUUUUCUGGAUUAUUGUGAAGCCAGCUCAGAAAUUAUUUGCCAUCAUUCUUGGCAGGAGCAUAAGAAACUGGUGGAAGGCACUUCCUCCUAAUAAACGGGAACUCUUCAAAGAAAGUGCAAGAAAAAACAAAUGGAAGAUCCUGCUGGGUGUCAGCAGCCUGGGAGUUGUAUUUGUCAUGUUUUAUUUUACCCACUUGGAGGAGACACCCAUCACUGGGCGUGCUCGACUGUUGGUGUUUGGCAAAGAGCAUUUUAGGGAACUGUCACAGAUGGAAUAUGAUAUGUGGAUGGAGCAAUUCAAAAACCAAAUGUUACCUAAGACAGAUGCACGCUACCAGGUUGUGGAGAGAGUUGUUGGGCAUUUGUCUGAAAGCAACAAGGAUGUCCCUCAAGUCUCAGAUCUCAAGUGGGUUAUCCAUGUGGUGGAUGAACCAGGUGUAAAUGCUUUUGUGCUUCCAAAUGGUCAAGUGUUUGUUUUUACUGGGUUACUGGAUGCAGUUUCUGAUAUUCAUCAGCUGUCAUUUAUUUUAGGACAUGAAAUAGCUCACGCUGUGCUGGAACAUGCAGCAGAGAAAGCCAGCCUGGUUCACUUCUUGGAUUUUCUCUCACUCAUUUUUCUCACUAUGAUUUGGGCCAUCUGUCCUCGUGAUAGUUUGGCAGUUGUUGGCCAGUGGAUUCAGAGCAAGUUGCAGGAGUUCAUGUUUGAUAGACCCUACAGCAGAACCCUGGAGGCUGAAGCUGAUAAAGUGGGACUUCAGUUUGCAGCAAAGGCUUGUGUGGAUGUCAGAGCCAGCAGUGUCUUUUGGCAGCAAAUGGAGUUGGCAGAAACCAUUCAGGGGCAGCCCAAGGUGCCAGAGUGGCUCUCCACACACCCUUCCCAUGAAAACAGAGCUGAGCACCUGGACCGCCUCAUCCCAGAGGCUCUUAAAAUAAGAGAGAGCUGCAAUUGCCCAUCUCUUUCUGGACCAGAUCCUCGCCUUAUUUUCAGACUUAACAUGCAACAUCUCCUGGAAUCAUCUAAAGGUCGAGAACCCCCAAAUUCUACAAAGAAAGAUCCCUCCAAACCAAAACUGGACUUUCCUCACACUCAAAAAGUGGAAGAUAUGCCAGUGACUUUUGCAGUUAAACCCACAAACUGA